AUGAAACAAGCAAGAAGCUCAACAGGCAGAAUAAGUGAGUUACCAGAUGGGUUGAUUCAUGGGAUCCUCUCUUUCAUUCCCAUGACAGAUGUUGUCAAAACUUGCAUUUUGUCUAAAAGAUGGAGGUAUAUCUGGACUUCUGUUAAUACUGUUCGCAUAGAUUUCGAUUCCCCUGCAUUCGAAAAGUACCCAAUUAUAGAAAGGAUUACUCGCUUCAUUGAUUUCGUAGACAAGGUGCUCAAUCUUCGUGAUGAUGUUGCUGAUGUAAACAAAUUUUAUCUAACUUUACCUCUUUCUCAAGUGGAUGAGGAGAGUCUAGAAUGUCCAAAAUUUUAUGAUAUAUUAGCAAGUCGUCUAAAUGCGUGGAUUUGUUCUGUUGUUAGGCAUAAUAUCAAAACACUGUCUAUUACUUUUCGCAUUAGUGCAGAGUGGACAUUUGAGCUUCCUGAAUGUCUAUUCAAUUGUAAGACAUUGGAGACGUGGAGCUUGGAAAUGGGGGGUCGGGGUUACUCUCUGAUUGUUGUACCUAAAUCUUGUUGUUUACCUAACCUCAGAUCCGUGGAUUUUGAGGCACUUUCAUUUGAAAAUCCAGGAGCAGCUACGAGGCUCGUCUCUAGUUGUCCAGUUCUUGAGUAUCUGGGAAUAGCAGAUACUGGUAUAGAGAUGGAUAAUCAUCAGGAUUUCAUUAUUGACUCUUCUACAUUGGAGGAACUCGUUGUGUGCAAUGGUGGCUGGCAAAAUACUCUAAUGGCUAAGACCACAAGUUAA